CCCAAACAGGUAUAAUUAGACGGGAAAUAUGCCACGUUAGCACAAAAGUAUGCCAUGCGCGCUACAAGAAAACAGCAGAGAAAGAGAAAUAGGACACCAGAUUCAAAGCAGUACCAUAGAGAGAUGUUUUGGGGUUUUUCCUAUAUGUGUAUAUGGUAUUGCAUGCCUUGGUGAAUUGCUCUCUGUUAUAUCCUGCGAGACUAAAUGGACCCCAGCACCCCCCUGCACACUACCUUGCGGCUCCAGGAUAGCCCAAUUGGUGUAUUUUGAUGCCUGUGCCCCGAAAGCUGUUCAAACACAAAGGGGGAACGGAGGCUUUGGCUCAGCCGGGAGCCCACAGAUACUAGGGGCGCAAUCCGUCAGUGCUGGCCGACCAUUGAUGCAGUGCACAUUGACGAUGCGAGGAAAAGGUCCUGUUUGCGUGAGUGGUAUUCUGGACACCGGAGCGGAUGUCAGAGUCAUCUCUGAAGACAGAUGGCCUGUGAACUGGCCGUUAGUACAAGUGGGGGAGGCAUUAAUGGGCAUUGGCGGGAAUGCUUUGCCUUUACAGAGCAAACACCUAAUUCAGACCCAGGGGCCCGAGAAUCGUGCUGCCUCAUUCACAGAAUCACGGAAUCACAGAAUCUUCAGAGUUGGAAGGGACCUCUAGAGAUCAUCUAGUCCAACUCCCCUGCUAGAGCAGGAUUGCCUACAGCACAUCCCUCAGGGCUGCAUCCAGGCGGGUCUUGAAAAUCUCCAGAGAAGGGGACUCCACAACCUCCCUGGGCAGCCUGUUCCAGUGCUCUGUCACCCUCACUGUAAAGAAGUUUUUCCGUGUAUUUGAACGGAACUUCCUAUGUUCUAGCUUGUGCCCUUGCCCCUUGUCCUGUCGCUGGGAACCAUUGAAAAGAGCCUGGCUCCGUCCUCCUUAAACCCACCCUUUAGGUACUUGUAAACGUUAAUCAGGUCCCCCCUCAACCUUCUCUUCCCCAGGCUAAAGAGUCCCAGCUCUUUCAGCCUUUCCUCAUAAGGGAGGUGCUCCAGUCCCAUAAUCAUCUUGGUUGCCCUACGCUGGACUCGCUCCAGUAGUGCCCUGUCCCUCUUGAACUGGGGAGCCCAAAACUGGACGCAGUACUCCAGUUGUGGCCUCACCAGUGCAGAGUAGAGGGGGAGAAUGACCUCCCUCGACCUACUGGCCACAGUCUUCCCUAGGCAGCCCAGGAUGCCAUUGGCCUUCUUGGCGACAAGGGCACACUGCUGGCUCAUGGAUAAUUUGCUGUCUACCAGGACCCCCAGGUCCUUCUCCUCAGAGCUGCUUCCCAGCAUGUCCGCCCCUAACAUAUACUGGUGUUUGGCAUUCUUCCUUCCCAGGUGCAGGACCCUACACUUCUCCAUUCCGUCCUUUUGUGUUAACUACGCCAAUUACUUUAUGGGGCGGCGACUGUAUGAGCCACUGGGGAAUACAGAUUGGGUCAAAUUUGUCUUAGGGGCCACUGUGGCGCAAGCCACCUUAAAGUUAACCUGGAAAUCUAAUAACCCCGUUUGGGUGGAACAGUGGCCCUUGUCACGCGAAAAGUUGCGCCGCCUUCAUCAGCCAGUUGAAGAACAGCUCCGAGAAGACCAUAUAGUCCCAACGACCAGUCCGUGGAAUUCGCCUGUGUUUGUAAUCCAGAAAAAAAGGGGCAAAUGGCGACUUUUACAUGAUCUAAGAAAAAUUAAUGCUGCAGUGGAAGAUAUGGGUACUCUACAACCCGGUAUGCCUUCACCCACUAUGGUCCCCCGAAAUUGGUGCCUCACUAUCAUUGAUUUGGAAGAUUGUUUUUUCACAAUCCCGUUGCAUCCUGAGGAUGCCCCCAAAUUUGCAUUUUCUGUGCCAUCUAUCAAGGAACGGGACCUCGGUGGGUUCCAGCCCGGUGUGUGCGCCCUUACAGGCAACAGCAAAGCCAAAAGGAUUGAAUGCGUCUGCUAUCCUGGUUCGGUCUACGGAGUCCCAACGAGCAGGCAUGGACGCAGUUGUGGAAGAAGAUCAAAGCACAGUGAGAAAACUGUACCAGGAAGAACAGGGAGUCCGCAUGUGCUCUUGAGAACAAGGACUCUCUUGCUGCCAAGGAUAAGUUUAGCAAUGCUACUGGUACGGCUAUUUCUGAGUUAUUGCUGAUGGAGAUAGUAGUCGACAUGCGACGCUGCAAAACAGAGCUGCUAUUGACUUUUUGCUUUCAGCUCACAGACAUGGUUGUCAAGAUUUUAAAGGACUGUGUUGUAUGAAUCUAAGUGACCACUCCAAAUCCAUCCAUGCCCAGUUGCAAGAACGGCACCGACCCAACCAGCAACUUGUGGAGACCACUGGGUGCAAUCUUUUUUGGAUGGACUUGGGGGUGGGGUUGGUUGAAGCAAAUUAUACUCGUUUGCCUGUGUGGAAGGAAUUUGUCUGUUAUGUUUAGUACGCUGUUUGCCGUGUUUAAUAAGCAUUAUACGAUCAGUUGUAGAUGCCGCUUUGCAUCGUACCCUGGUACGAGUUGUAGAAUAUGUUGCUGUAAAAACUGCGUGUGUAUCCAUGAGAACCUGACCUUCACAGAAGAAGAUAACAAGAAGGGAUUACAACAAUGUGGUCACGUAUCAGACAGCCGCCGUUAGCAAAGCCGGAUCACGAGUCUGGUGGGACUCGCUGCAUGCGCUGGCCACACGUGCAGCGACUCUAGCCUGUACUUCUCCACUCAAUCCGGUGCAGGAUAUAAGGGGUCUGUCUCGGGCCGGAGAGAGGGAGAGAGAGAUGAGUGCACUUUGAAGAUACAGGGGACGCCCUGGAGCGCUGUCUCUGUCGUCCCCCCCCUCCCAUAAGUUCUAUGUUCAUUAACCCCAACAGCUCAGAAGGCAUUACAGCACGUUGCAGGUAAGAUAUAGUCUACUACUGCUGCAAGACACGUUGAACACCUUCCUACAAGAAUUUCAACCUUACGCCCUGAUAGGACAGUGGGAUGAUGCACUCGCAAAGAGCCCGACUGCAUUAGAGUGGGUAGUUUUGCCACGUACCUUUUCCAAAACAGUAACUAUGAUGACUGAAAUGUUACCACGAUUGUUUUCCCAGGGUCGUUUGUGCUGUCAGCAGCUUUCUGGAAUGGAUCCAAGCCACAUACAUGUCCCUGUCAAAAAGGACGACCUUGACCCUUGGUUAUCACAAAGUCUUAACCUACAGAUUGCCUCAGUAGAUUCUAUUGGGCAAAUAAAUUAUUCUCUCCCCUGCCUUUAGAGCCACAGGAGGUUGGUAUUCUAGGCUAAAUUCAGAUGGAUGCUCGUAAGUGUUUUAACUUUGCCAAAUGCUCUCGAAACGCAACAUAUCUCCAAAAGGUCACCCCUCUUGAUUACCGGGUACACUUUUGUCAGCCACCUGUGGUUGCCAUUUCUUCUUUCUCUGCUCCCGGUGUGGCUUCUGCAAAAGCGCUAACGCUCUUAAAAAAAGCUAGGUUGUUGGCUUGUGGAACAAAGUAAGGCUACUUCAGUAGCUCUUCCUGGCCUUUUAUUAGAUGUAGAUUCAGUACGCCAUGCAACUCUGUAAAAUAGAGCAGCCGUCAAUUUUCUGUUAUUAGCGCAUGGCCAUGGAUGUGAAGAUUUUGAUGGCACGUGCUGUAUGAAUUUAUCAGACCACUCUGAAUCAAUCCAUAAAAGUAUACAACAGUUAGAGCAAAAUGUGCAGAAAUUACGAAUGGGGGGAAGUUGGGGAUGGCUGGAUAACCUUUUUAACAGUUGGGGCUUAACUGGAUGGUUGCAAUCAGCUCUAAAAUUCUUGCUUUUUUGUAUAAGCAUAUUCUUGUGCAUUAUGCUUUGUAUUCCCUGUGUGCUACGGUGUGCACAGCGUCUUACAGAUAAAACCUUGGCCACUGUUUUUGUAGUAAAUGAAGAAGGGGGAAUUGUGGAUGCCGAAGGACGUGCGGACGCAGCACCUGGAAGGAGCCCUGGAGUUCUCAUCGCUCUCCCUGGCGGCAAAGCGUGGGAUAAGUAAACAAUCCCUAGCUACACAGCACCUGGGCCAUAGAAUCAUAGAAUCAUUUAGGUUGGAAAAGACCCUUGGGAUCAUUGAGUCCGAGCAUCAGCUCCACUCUACGAAGUUCUCCCUUACUCCCUUAACACCACAUCUAAACGAGUCUUAAACACAUUCAGGGAUGGUGACUCAGCCUUUCAUGCGGUUCUCAUCCUCCUUGUUUGGUUUAGUUGUGUUUUAAUGUUGCAGACUUAGAGGGGCGAUUUGGUGUGCUGUCUCCAUUUGGAAGGGAAAGUGAUUUUCAGAUUUUCAGAUGCGAUGCAUUUAACAGGACACAAAUGUCCCCAGCUGCAGGGACCCAGGUGCCUCUUGCCAGUGCAGAUGCCCUGACCCUCUGCCCAGCCUCCCUGUGCAGCUGCUGGGGGCUCUGGUGUCCCUCAGCUCUCAUGUGCUGGCUGCCAGUCCCAGGGAAAGGCAUCAGGUAACUGGGGUGUCGAGCAACUGAGGUCUGCCUGAGAAGCUGAGGAAUUGUUUUCCACAUUUAAAAAAAUACGAGCACGUAUUCUGUCAGCUGGGAAAAAAAACUGACAAAAGAAACCAAAAAUCUCAAAAAGUCCUUUCCCUUUAGAUGCUCAUUGAAAUCUCCCUCUUUAAAGUCCUGAAACCUCUCCAACCAGCUGUACAAGACUUGAAGACUUGAAGAAUCUUAUGGGGAAAGGCAUGGCUCAUCAGAGCUUUUUGCAUUUUAACGACCCUGUGAUGUAUUUGGUGCUGACUCCCAUGGACCUCAGUUACCGUGAGGAGAGUGAUCAAACCACUUGAGAAGUUAAAGUCAGAUGGCUCUGAUGCUGAGUCAACCUCUGAUGUGUUCUGUCAAGGAGAGGUCCAUUUUAAUGACAUCAGAAGCACCCACACAAACCAUACACCGGCUCCUUGCCUAAAAGUUACAGAGGCAGUGGGGAAAUCACAGGCCAUGUUCCUGCUCCUGCCCUACCAGGUACGCGGGCAGCAGUGACUUCACCAGCACCUACACAACCCAUGGGCCUCUUCCUGGCCUGUCAGCGGAACGGUCACAGGUGACCUUGCAAACACCUACACAAGAUGGGUGCCCAGUCCUGGCCUACCAGAUUCUCAGGCACCUGGGACCUCAAAAUACCCAACACAAGACAUGUUUCUCCUGGGCUCCUCAGGCACCAGUGCCAUCGCAAAGACAUCCACAAGCCAGGCGACAGCUCCUGGCCUGUCAUCUGUGCAGGGACCAGUGACCUCACAAGCACCUACAUGAGCUGUGCACCUGGUCCUGCCUUAUCAGCUACUCAGCCAAGAGUGACAUCACAAGUACAAACCUGAGCCACGUGUCUCCUAUCAGCUACAGCAGCACCAGUGACCUCACCAGCCCCUACAGGAGCCCUGGCCUUGCUCCUGGUCUAUCCGCUACUCAGGCACCAGAGACCUGACCACCCCGUCUCCCCGUGCUUGCUGUCUGCUCACCUCUGAGAUACGACUCCUCACAAGCUCCUACACACACCAGAAGCCUCCUCUCGGCCUGUUGGCUACUCAGGCAGCAGCUCCUCACAAGCACAUACCAACCUAUUCGCUGGGUGCUCGUCUUUUGGGGGGACCCAAGCCAGUACUGAGCCCCCUCUCCGUCACUUGCUCGCCCCUCCUAGAAGGGGGCCGUAGCCCCUGGGCACGUUCCAGCGUGUCCGUGCCCCACCACCUUUCGGGCACCCCUCCGCCCUCUUGAAUUCCCCCCAGCCCACCCUGUCAGGGCUUGUUCUGCAGCCUGGUAAAGUGGGGGACCCCCACCCGGCCUUUUCCUUCUGCUUCCGUUCACAUUUAAACUGUAAUUCUUCACUACACUAAAUCUUAUUGAAGGGGGAUUUACUCAAUUCAAAACUAUAGCUCCAAUUCAAAUUUAUAGUUAU